AUGGCCGCGGCGGGCCGGGCCCCGCACCGCUCCGCACCGCCGGCAGCCGCUGCCCAUAAGGCCGGGCCCGCCCGGCUCCGGCUGCAGCCCCAGCCCCGCUCCGGGCUCCCGCCGAGCACCCGCCGCCGCCGCUGCCGCCGACUGAAAGUUUCUGAGGGGUGGCCCCGAUGGACACCGGCCCCCUCGCCACCGCGGCUGUGCGGGGACACUCCCCUUGGUGACACCCGGGUGUCCCCGGGGCACGGGAGGGACCCACCUGGGGUUCCCAAGCUGUGCCUCUCCCCCUCCGCCACCAACCGUUCUUCACCUGAUAGGCCCGAGGGUGACACUUGCCGUGUCACCGCUGAUGACAGCACGCACAGGAACACGGUGUGGCCACCCGGGGUGUACCUGAUGCCACCACCAGGCACACCCUGUGCCACACUGCGUCUUGUUGCUGAUGCCGACACCGUGCCGGGAAUGGCCGUGGCUCUCAGGAAAGGUUUCACCACUUGGAACACGCCCGCGUCUCUCAGGAACACAACCACAUGGAUCCCGCUGCGAGGGGGAUGCGCCAGAGACUGGCUCGGAGUGGCAGCAGUGAUACACGGGGGCAGAAGCCGGAUGAGAAAAACAGGUGAUUUCUGCCACAUUUUACCACUCUUCGCUCAAUGGGGUUUGGGUCCCUGCACGGAUGUGUUUCCUGAUGUGAAGAGCUGCAUUGUUGCAUUUAAGCCGCAUCCUUCCUGGAGGCUGGCGGGGGCCUGGCUGCUUGCCUGGAGGAGUUUGCCAACCGCUGGAAAUGACUGGAAGAAUUUAUAGAACAAGAAGCC